AUGGCGGUCCUCGAUCAACACCACGAUGACUUCUCCAACGUGUCUUGGCACACGGAGCAAAACGAAGCUGCCGAGAGCUCCAGCUCUGUGACAGGCCCCAACCCCGACGAUUCCGACCGCAACGGACACUCUGCAUUCGACAGCGACACCGCAGACACCACCGGCCAGGAGGUGCUGGAUUGCACCGUCUCUGAGCCUCUCAAGGAGAAUGAUGGCUCCAAGGAUACCUUUGUCUCAUACCUCAUUACUACCAAUACGACCUUUGCUACCUUUCAGAGAUCACAAGCAUCAGUCCGCCGUCGGUUCACAGAUUUUGUCUUCCUGUAUAAGGUGCUGAGCAGAGACUAUCCUACCGCGGCAGUACCUCCCCUUCCCGACAAGCAGCGUAUGGAAUAUGUCAGCGGCAACCGCUUCGGCCCUGACUUUACCAACCGUCGAGCGCAUUCCCUCCAACGUUUCCUUACCCGUCUGUCCCUCCACCCGGUACUUCGUCGCGCCGAUAUCCUCCACAUCUUCCUCGAGAGCCCAGACUGGAAUGCUACGAUGCGCAGCCGCAGUACGAGAGGAUCACAGAGCAGCGACGCCGGCAGCAGUGGUGUCUUCGACAACCUUACGGAUAGUUUCCUCAAUGCGUUCACGAAGGCCCACAAGCACGACAAGCGGUUCCUAGAGGUGCGCGAGAGAAGCGACAGACUCGAUGAGGACUUGGCCCACAUUGAGAAGGUAGUCGCAAGAGUGGCUCGCCGAGAGAACGACAUCGAGUUAGACUUCAAGGAUUUGGCGGAGCAGUUCCAGAAGCUGAUUACCCUCGAGCCCGGCGUCGAAAACGAGGUCAGGCACUUUGCCAACUCGGUCGAGGACACUGCAAUGGGCUUGCGCAAGCUCAAGGACGUCACAGACCAGGACUACCUCGGCAGUCUCCGUGACAUGCAAGCUUACAGCACGGCACUGAAGAGCCUCCUGAAGGCUCGUGAGCAGAAGCAGGUGGACUAUGAGCAGCUCACAGGCUACCUUAACAAGGAUACCGCCGACAGAGACUCGCUCCAGUCAGGCGGGGGUGGUGGCGGCCUGUCAGGUGCCAGCGGUAGACUGAUGCGCAAGCUCGAAGACGUACGUGGAGUCGACCACGAGCAGUCACGCCGCGACAGACAACGCAAGCUAGAGAUGAGCAUCGACAAGCUUACUAUCGAGGCGGAGCGAGCCAAGAAGACAAGUGAGAUGUUCGACGACGAGGUUGUUAAGGAGGUCUCCGAUUUCGAACGCAUCAAGCGGGUUGAAUUCAAGAAGCAGCUUGGAGGUCUCGCGGACUCUCACAUUGAAUUUUACGACGAGGUCAUUGAGAUCUGGGAGGGAUAUGUCAAGGCGAUGGAGAAGGAGGGCGUCUCGGGCACUCGCAGCACCGGCGUUGAACCUCCUGGCCGGCGAUUGGCGGACUAG